GAAAAAGCUCAGCGACAAAACUUUCGACUACGACCACUUCCGCCAACGACAGCCAACAACCCCUGUCCACCCCAUCCAAAAUGUCCAACGUCCAGACCACCGGCAAGAAGCAGCGUUCGGCCAUCGCCGACGUUGUGUCGCGCGAGUACACCAUCAACAUGCACAAGAGAAUGCACGGUGUUAGCUUCAAGAAGCGUGCUCCCCGCGCUAUCAAGGAGAUCCGCGCCUUCGCUGAGCGGGCUAUGGGCACCAAGGACGUCCGUGUUGACCCCCAGCUUAACAAGAAGGUCUGGGAAGCCGGCAUCAAGGGCGUUCCCUUCCGUCUGCGUGUUCGCAUCUCCCGCAAGCGUAACGACGAGGAGAACGCCAAGGAGAAGCUCUACUCCAUGGUCUACGCUGUCAACGUCAAGGAGCCCAAGGGUCUGCACACCGCCGUUGUUGACGACGAGUAAAUGGUUUCUUUCUCUUAGGACAAUAUGAUGGGGUUUCCCUUUUUUUUCAUGACAAAAAGCCUUUUUCUUUUCUAGAUGGGCCGCGCUACUCCGGUCGGUUAAGGGAUAUGUCGAAGGAACCAUAAAAUAAUGAAGAAAAUGGGAAUUUUUUGACAAAAGUUUGAUUCUUUUCUCUACGGAAUUUUGUUUCCUGAAGCCUGUAGGCCCGAUCAGUCUCCGUGAAUAGAUAUUGUCAACCGGUGAAGCUCUGGAAUCUCUUCGAUGUAGAGUAGAACAUCGACCUUCAGAUACUUCUGAGCUCAUCAAGACCUUGAACUCCAACUGAAACUUUGGAGUCGGUCAACAGCCCUAGGUUAUGUAUUCCUUUUCAGGAACGGGAAUAUAAUGCAGGGUUUCCCUUGAUGAUUUUCUAACACAACUAUAUGUAACUCAACUAAUUCAAAAACCAUUUAACGCCUUGUUCCAACGGCAAAUCCAAUUCAUAGAUAAACCGGCAUCAUAAACAUCCCAUCUCCCAUUACUUUAUCCUUAACACUCUUCAAGACUUUUGGCUAACUAGAGAAUGGGACAAAGAGGCAGAACACAGAAAAGCAGAUCCGGACCUAUCGGCUUACGAAAGCAUAUGAACGCGGGUAUAAAGGCAAAGGAAAUGGUCCAAACGACUCCAAUCUGCGGUCUGAUUCGCAGCGACAGACUUAAUAUUCCAUGAAGGCUAUUUUUCGCACAGAGAGCACGAUCACCGCGCAGCUAGAACUUCACAAACCUAGGUGAAGUCAAGGCGUGUUGUUCUCCUGCGACUACUCUUUCUACGCUUUCGUUAGCAGGCAGUUACGAGACUGUCCUUCUCGAUAGCACUUGUGUUAUGGCAAUGGGACUUGAUAUUACGACGGAUGGUAUACUACAGUCAAUAAAGACAACAAUAACAAUAGUGAGAACAGGUAGAAAAGAUAAGAUAAAGAUCAGGCUUAACUGCAAAGCAAAGCAAAUCAAUAUAUAACCCUUCGAGCCGAC